UUACGUCAUACGUCUGCGCCACGUCAAGCUUUUGUUUUCAAUGACAGUUUGCACUCUGCACACUUCUUUUAGCUUUAUUUUGAUAACACAAGUAGGCUAAGUAGUUCAAUCGUAAAGUGACUACCAUGCACAGAGCCGCGCACAGAGCUUUGUAUGACUGGUCUAAUAUUCUCGGGCCAGCGAUGAUUCGCCAGUGUUUGAAAUGCAGAGUGCCCCCGCAGCUGAGCUCACGUGCCUACAGUGUGGUCCCGACCCCAUGCGACAGUGAGGAGAAGGAGAUGCUGGACCGAAUGCUGCGCGUGGACCACGCGGGUGAAUACGGGGCCAACCGCAUCUACGCCGGCCAGAUGGCAGUGUUGGGGCGAACCAGAACUGGACCUCUCAUCCAGGAAAUGUGGGAUCAAGAAAAGCACCACCUUUCAAAAUUUAAUGAAAUUCUGGCUGAGAACAGAGUUCGACCCACAGCGCUGUUACCCCUCUGGAACAUCGCUGGUUUUCUAUUAGGUGCGUCCAGUGCACUACUGGGAAAAGAGGGGGCCAUGGCCUGCACUGUGGCGGUGGAGGAGAGUAUUUCAGAGCACUACAAUAGCCAGAUAAGAGCUCUGAUGGAGAGGGACCCCGAGAGAUACACUGAACUGUUACAAGUUAUAAAGGAAUUCAGAGAUGAUGAGCUGGAGCAUCAUGACACAGGAUUGGAGCAUGAUGCUGAAAAAAUACCUGGAUACUGGCUAAUAAAAAAUGCAAUACAGCUUGGCUGCAAAGCUGCAAUAUAUGUUUCGCAACGUGUCUAAUAUUGUAUGUGGAAUAAUUGAAAAAUGUCACCAAUGUUUGUUUGAUGUGUUGACUCAGCUUGUAUAAAUGGUUUGAAUUUGAAUGACAGUUUGAAUUCUGCUCCAUUGUAAAUUAAGCACUUUCUUGUACUAUUGCAAGAUUAAAAGUAUUGUAUUGAUUAAAAGUACAGUUACCUAUUUGAACAAAAAUUUUACUGCUUUGUACAGUGUAUAAUACAUGGACUGUUUAGGCAGGUAGAGGUAACCCCAUAGAAAUAAAAUUUCUAUGGGUAACCCUUUCUAAAUUAAAUAGCAGCUCUACACUGUUUUGUGUAAA